AGUUUAAAACCCAAACUGGUGGCGAACGGCAGCUGAAAGAUAAGAGCUGCGAUCAUCCUGCAAAGAGGAUCUUUUUUCCUGAAGCAUUUCACCUCCUUUCUGCAGCAUGCUGAGCAGGAAGGGCUCCUGCUUGGGGGCGCUGGGCGCACCGGCCGGGCUAGACCGCGGCAGGGUCCGGGAGCGGCUGCAGGCUGCGCUGGCCGGGCUGCAGGAGCUGCGGCUGCUGAGGGACCGACACAGAGACAUGGUGAGCUGGGCUCUGCAGCUGGACCGGGAGGAGCCGGUCUCUGCGCCGCACGCUGACCCGGUGGAGGCUGAGGAGCAGCGGCUGGAGGAGACCCUCACCGCCCUGAAGCAACAGCUGUCUCGUCUACGGAAGCAGGACGUUGGCCUGAAGACUCACCUGCAGCAGCUGGACCAGCAGAUCAGUGAGCUACGGUUGGAUGUGAGCAAAGCCUCCGCUGAUCAACUGGAGACUGACAGCAGGCCCAGCUCAGGUUUCUACGAGCUCAGCGAUGGUGGAUCUUGCUCCCGGUCCAACUCCUGCACUUCUGUGUACAGCGAGUGUCUGUCAUCCUCCCAAACGAGCCUCAUCCCCCUGAGCCCAACCAGCUGUCACAUUAGCCCCCCACCGCAGGCUGAUGUUUGCUGUCGGCGCUCCGCUGAUGAGAGCCCUGGCCAGCCCAGCCCCGCAAGAGCCACAGGCCUCCAUCUUGGCAGCAGCAGGAUCCGAGCGAGCGCAGCAGGCACGGAUCAGACACGGCCGAGACCGGUGUCAACAGGUGAUCUUGAGAGAGUAAUGGCUCAAGGAUUGGGCUGCUUCAGAUCUGCGGAGGCGAAGAAACCCCCGAUGUGUCCAAAACAGAAGACCUCCCCCGUGGACCCCAAAUUCCAGCGCAAUCUGGAGUCCUGUGGUGGGGCUGAAGUCUACCAGUACCCCAGUCCCCUGCAUGCCGUGGCUCUCCAGAGCCCAAUCUUUUUCCCUGGGGUUGAAGACGGGACAACGGCACUCCUAGAGGGCCAGGGAGCCUCAGCCUUUGGUUUCGACUCUCUCCAAAUGGCUUACAAAGACAAAACCAUGGGUUACAUUGACAUGCUGCUCCAGCGCAACUUGAGCAAAGCCCAAUUUAAUGCAGUUGCAGAAACUGUGGAGACACAGGGUGGCCGUCACAGGAAGCCAGCUGAAAAUAUGUCAUUUGAAGUGGCCUUAAAACAUGAGCUUAGUCUGACUCCACCCCAAACCAAAACCAAUGAUAUUGCAGAAAACAUUGACCAGAUGAAGCACUGCAUGAAUUACUCCAGCCAAGAGUCUACAGAUAGAAAAAGCAAUGAGUCACAGAGAGCACCAGAAGUUCACUGCAGGUACUCCUAUCGUGCUGCCACAAAGGAGUACAGCUCUGAUGAGGUUGCGUACCAAACCCUAAAGAAGAAGGAAAGACAACAAACUGAAAACACAAGUUUACCAAGGAAUCAGUCUGAUAAAAAGUACGGAGAUGCUCCAGAGAUGAGGAAGACUCCCUGGCAAAGACCAGCUGUUGUUCAGCCUUUAAGCACACAGGACAGUCCAAGCUGUGAGGUCCAGGCCAUUCACACGCGCUCACCUGAGUUUGUCCACGCCAAGUUUGUCCCAGCCUCCUCUCAGAAGGUCAAGGUUAGACAAGCAGACCGUAAAACAAAGGCUGUGAAACUUAAACGGAAAAGCUCAGACAAGCCGCGAGUGUUGAGACAACAGCACAGCUUUUCGUCCGGUGAAAGAACCAAGGAAGUCAGUGUGGGCGCCAAGGUGGAGCAGAGGAGGUCGAGAAAAGGAAAAGUCGGCGAUAGGGGCAGUACCUGGCAAACCCAGGAGCACAGACAGCGCUCUGGCUCUGACUCCAGUCUCUACAGUCCCGGACUCAAAAUCACCCACAAAGUCCACCCUAAACCGCAUCCGGCUUCUUCCAAACUCGGCAAAAGCCGUAGACCACAGUGCGUGGAGUAUGAGCAUCCAGUAGAGCAAAGAAAAAGGAGACAGGCCGGCCCCAAAUGGCAAUCUGAUGCGGAUAUAUACCAGGCCCCCUUUGUUCUACCCCAGAGUUCAAAGGAGCAGCAUGCUCGGGCAUUAGAGAACAUUCAGAUGGUCCGCAGUAUCAGUGGCAAGCCAGGUCAUUGGAUGGGAGCCUCGCAUCCUUUCCACUACGCCAUGACCUCUAACUCUUUCCUCCAAAGUCUUAACUCCAGGUACCCCCCAGCACCCAUGUACAUGACCAGUCAGUACCCACCCCGGUGCGAAUCUGAAUAUUCAGCUGAAUGCGCCUCAUUGUUCCAUUCCACCAUUGCUGAAAGCAGCGAAGGCGAGAUGAGCGACAACACCACCAACCGCUUCGGAGACAGCGAGUCCAGUCAGAGCUCCCAGUCCUGCUCAGAGUCUGACAGCAGCCUGUCCCUGGAUGAGGGGGACCCGGAGAUUCACGAUGAGGAGGAGGGAGGUAUGGUUUGGGCUGAGGCAGCGUUGGGGCCCACUGCAGCUGGACAGCCCCUCCGCCAGCUCCCACCGCGCCCCGAGCCUUCGGCCUGUCGCAUCAAAGCUUCCAGAGCCCUGAAGAAGAAGAUCCGGCGAUUCCAGCCUGCCUCCCUGAAGGUCAUGACCCUAGUGUAGAUGAAAGCUACCCUGCGGCAAGAAUGAGAACUCCUGGGAAAACCCCUCAGUGCUAUGGGAACUGUUUUUAAAAAUCAGUUUGACAGAUCUAAUGAAGGGGGGGGGACUCAAUCUGGACUGCAUUUAGGUGCCGAUUGUUUUGUUCAAACACAAAAGAUGAGAUUAUAUGAAAACAUGUACAAUACUAUAAUCCCAAUGUUAAUGUUGCAAGACUUAUAAUGCUUUAAUGAAAAUGUCUAAACAUUGUUCUGUCUUUUAGAACUUUAUGAUUUGGUUUCUAAUUGUUUUCUGUUCUUUCAAUUUACUUACAUGUUGUAAUUAUGCUUGAAUUAUAAGAAUAAACUGAUAUUUAAUUAA